GCUAGCAUAGAUUAGGCUAUAAAAUAGUUCCAUGACCACUGGAAUACUUCAAAGAUAUUAUUCAUUUAACAACCAUGACACAGUGAAAGAGGGAUCUGGCACAAUUGGCGUUCAAUGUGCUACAAUCAAGUCCCUGACACUGGAAUUAUUGCUUCGUAGGCUAGUUGCUAUUGGUUGAAAGUAGGUCAGCUCAACCGCGUUCAUGUGAGCAUUUCAUGGUAGGCUAUAAGCCUUGACAGUUGCUGAAUUCACCAAAGAGUCAGCGUAGUCAAAUCUGAAUGGAAGGAAUAUUAGCUUGGAAUGUAAGCGAAUAGAGUUUCAAAGCGCUUGUUCGGCGAUGAUUUAAGCCACCAUCCCACAACACUCUUGUUGAUAGGGAGAAGAGGGGUUAGUUUCACGUUUUCAGAACACAACCGCAGUCGGACGGGUGAAAAAAUAACUUUAUUCAGUUUAUUUUACGUUUCUGCUGUUACUUUACUCAGGCCUUAUAGAUAGAGUUAUUGCUCAAUUAGGGCUCUGAAUUUAUCCAUAGGCCACCCUAGCAUAUAUUUCUGAUAGGCAUAUAUGCCUAUCAGAAAGUUGAAUUGAUGGCAUUGAGAUGUUCGUGCAGUAGCCUAAUUAAUGUAUUAUUGCAAUACAACAUACACAAAAUCAUUAUCGAUCAUAAUUUUCUAAAUACAGUGAAAGUGCUGGCCGAUAAAAAAAAAUGCAGCCUUAAUUUUAUUUUUUAUCUUUUAAAAUAUAACUAUCUUGUCUGGUUGCGGUGAAAACAAUAACCGAAAGCUUUGACGUGAAACAAUGUAUUGUACAAAGCUCAUUAACAACAAGUCUACACGGUCCCGCCCUCCUCCAAUCUCAUUCGCACAGAGAAGGUUCAUUAGCAUUGCUAGUGAAUUUACGUCAACGACGACAGUGUCCGCACAUGGAAAGGCGAACCAUUUUGGCUGAGCGCUAGAAUCAGUUUCUCAAGCCGCAUCGAGCUUCUGAUCGCGGUCUGCGAGGACUCCACCGGUUUGGUCUCCGUCACGGAUAUUGUUUUUUAUUUUCCGUGCUUCACCAGGCCUCUAUUCGCGGAGCAUUAGUUGGAUUGCAGAUAAACACCUAUACAUUUUAUUUCGUCACUGUUUUGGAGAAAUAGUUUCUCCAUGUCCAGGGAUAUGGAAAAGAUGUCCAGACCUAUUCCUAUCAACUCAACUUUCCUACCUCCGACCCAUGGCGUACUCAAAUCCCUGCUGGAAAAUCCUAUGAAACUGCCCUUCCAUCACGAUGAAGGCUUUGGGAAAGAGAAAGAAAAGGAGAAGAAGUUAGAGGAGGAUGGCAACGGGGGCGCUCCACAGUCAGCCUUCCUGGGGCCCACGCUGUGGGACAAGACCCUGCCGUACGAUGGGGAUAACUUCCAGCUGGAGUAUAUGGACCUGGAGGAGUUCCUCUCGGAGAACGGCAUCCCAGCCAACAGCCAGGGCGACCAAAGCCAGCAGCAGCAGCAGCCGCCUCAAGCACCACAGCCGCAGACUCUGCCCCAGCCGCCAGUCCCUGCCGCCCCUUCCACCCCCAACGUCGUAGAUCUCAGCAGUCGGGCCACCCCCGCAGUCCACACAGGCUUGGUGCCCCAGAACUGCCUGCAGAGCCCACCGAGAUCAGCUCUGCCAUCAGCCCGCAACACACCGAGUCCAAUUGACCCAGAGUCCAUCCAGGUUCCUGUGGGCUACGAGCCCGACCCAGCAGAUUUGGCUCUGUCCAGCGUGCCAGGCCAGGAGAUGUUUGACCCCCGCAAGCGCAAGUUUUCAGCCGAGGAGCUCAAACCCCAGCCCAUGAUUAAGAAGGCGAGAAAGGUCUUCAUUCCCGAGGGUCUGAAGGAUGACAGGUACUGGGCAAGACGCAGGAAGAACAACGUGGCAGCAAAGCGUUCGCGCGACGCCCGCCGGCUGAAGGAGAACCAGAUCGCCAUCCGGGCGGGUUUCCUGGAGAAGGAGAACUCCGCGCUGCGCCUGGAGGUGGCCGACCUGCGGAAAGAGCUGGGCCGCUGCAAGAACGUUCUGUCCAAGUACGAGGCCCGACACGGCCCCCUGUGAGCGCCCCACCACGCAUGGGCCCCCUCCAUCACCCAGCCUGCCCCUCGAACCCCCCUGCACCCCAUGCACACCCACACCACCAGCCCGAGGGGGUUUUUCAAGGACUAUGCCUGCCCCGUGUGGAGAGGGGGAGAGGGCCACCCUCUCCUCGUGUGUAGAACCUCUCGCAGUCCGACGGACACUUCUUUAGAAGUUGAUGUACUCUUUAUGUUGACACCUUUUUUUCCCUCCUUCCCUCCUCAGUCACUGUCCUUCCCAGUUCCCCUCUCUAUCCAACCCUACACAUGUACAUAGAUAUAUUACUUGCAAAGAGGAUGUAUCCCCCCCCCCCUAUUUUACCCCAUUUUCUUUUUAUUGUUAGUUCGCUGAGCUGAACCUCUGUGUGGUCACCUCCCCGCCCCCAGAGUCUCGUUUCUUACCGUGAGUCCAGGACUGAACGCUGUCAUUCCCCCUCAGUCGCACUCGUUUUAUUUCUACAGUCCACAAGAGCAGCUUCUGGAGUGAUUUAUUCUCUCCUCCUCCUUUUCCUCUUCCUCCUCCUCCUCCUCCUCCUGUCAACUCUCUUUGUCCUUCCACUCAGGUCUUGCUGUCUUCUCGUUUCAUUGUCCUGAGAAUCUGUUUCCGCAAAGGAGAUGUGAGGCGUUUUAACCAUGCCUGCUGUAGUUGAGCAGAGUAAAUGUUUUGUAACUUGUUUUGAGAUAAGUGUUGUAUUGCGGUGUCUCCGCCAUCCUACGACCCCCACGGUCCUCCAUUGUCUUUGUGCGUACAUGCAGCCACGUUACACUAGCUAGCUUUCCAGACCACUUGUAAUCAUGUGUCCUGUUCUGAAUUUGAUCACUUACCAGUUUCCCCCAUAGCCGUGACAUAAGUGUACAGACUUUUACUUUUAAAAACGGAUAAACGGUAUGGCACAUUUCAUGUGUUUUUUUAUUUUUGUCAUCAUUGCAUCAUGGAGCAAUAAUUCUAGCCUGUUGUCUGCAGCCUCACAGCGUGCGUUGCCGAGAGAACCGCUCUCUUUUUCCCGCGUUCCGUGUUUCACCACGUUCUCAUUAGCGCAUUUGUGUGUGUGUGUGUGUGUUGUCUCUGCUUGUCUUGUGAGUGAGCUUUGCCUCUGUAGAGGGGGGAAGAGCUGUCCCUCCAAAAUACUGAGAGCCAAUGGCCCUCAGUCUCAGACCCCGUCACGCUCCCUGCUGAUCAAACCCUGAACCCAACCUGUCCAGCUAACCUCUGCACUAAUGCGUGUGUCACAAUCUGAUCUGGUGCGACCUUUCUACUCCCUUAGUCUUGUCCUCUGCCUGGUAUUUCCUCUGGAUCAGCUUUCCUUAUCUCUCUACCCUUACAAAACAAUGAACUUUUGAGAAAAAAAUGUAAACUGUUAAUUAAUAUUCAUUCUUAUUACUAUUGUUGUUGUUGUUAUUAUUGUAAUUAUGAUUAUUAUUACUAUUAUCAUCAUUGGUUUAAUGAAAUAACUCAGCAUGAUUUUCAGAGCUCCUACCUGAAGCAAAUUGUGAAUUUUUUUUUUCUGUUUUUUGGACCGACUCAUUUUGGUUGGUUCUUUUUUUGUUUUCUUUUUCAAAGCAUGAGUAAGGAGGGUGGUUCUGUCAAUCAGUACACAGCUAUACAUAGUUCUCUUUAUUUCUCCUCUUUAUUUUUGUAGCUAUAUGUUUGCCUUCCUCGAAGAUGGCUGUAUGAAUGUAUUGAAUGUAAAAGAUGUUUUUUCAAAGCGUUAGUUGGAUGGUGUUGUCUAAUACUGUGGUUAACCCAAUUAAUUUGUUUACUACAGACCAAAACAUACAGCACAGAUAAAAGUAUAUUGGUUAUCAGAGAUUUAAUGUUUAUAUAAAACUAUUCUAUAAGUUGUUCUUUUUGUACAGUAUUUUUCCUAUACAAUACUGGCUACAUAUUUUAAAGGCACAACAAAUCCAGAAUAUUAUUAAAAAAAAAAGAUAAAUAAAAAGUAUAUAUAUAUAUAUAUAAAUGACAUAUAUAUAUAAAUAUAUAUAUAUGCAUUAUUCAAAAUAUGUGAUUCAGUGUUUUGAUAUGAAAUUUUGCCAUGGUAGAUGUACAGAGAAUCAAGGCACUCCAGCACCGGUUCAUAUGGGCAUUAUUGUUGACACUCCUGUACCCUUGGUUGUAUGGACGUAGCCUUUAGCACCUCCUGUGGUCUCUUGUAAUCCAUAGAGCUCAAGUUUCGCCACUGGCACAGAAUAAAAAAAGAAAAGUGUACAAAGCCACGAGGAUGACCUUUAUUUGCAUCCUCCCUCAGAAAUGCACCUGUCAACAAAGAUGUUCAAAACUCAUCGUGUUUCCAUGAGUCCGGUACCUGAUGACGCCACUAGAUGUCACUAGAUGUCUUAUACAGUAUUCCUAUUGUCCUCACUCACUAGAGCAAGAGGUCUGUUGCAGAUUUUUGCAGGAGGUAUAUAGCUUUAUUUAUAUAUUCUGUGAGAUGAAGGGUUGGAAUGCCAGAAGGUCAACAGGUUUAAUAUCUCAGUAUUUUUCCUCAUUGAAAUGGUCAGCAGUCGUAUACAUUGACCUGUGUGGCUGCUGUUCUUGAGUGAGGAGACUGCUGAAAUUGGUUAGUAUAGCUUUAGGUUUAGUUUUCUAUGUGCCCACCAAAAGUCAUCCAAACAGGAUACAUUUCCACGGCCAGAAGGUUUUGCUGUUUUGCCACAGACGCAAGUUGUUGGGCGGUAUCCCAUGUGCACACAAUAGGCUACUAUAUGUCAAGAGGAUAAAGCCAAUAUGAUUUCUCUCCGAACCCCCCCCCCCCCCCCCCCCCUUUUUUACCUCCUAAUGGAUCAAGUCCACUACCUCACCCUUGGUAAAGACAUAAAAAUGAAACAUAGUCAUUAUGAGUCUAUUCCAGUGCCUUGAACUCACAAGCUGUUCCUCAGACACUCUGCAUUGUUCAGAUUUAACCUACCACCUGGAUAGCUUCAGACAAGGGCUCCCCUGGUCCAUACAAGCAUACAGUACAUUCAUUUUUUAGGAUUCAAAGACACAGACAUGGGUAGAUGACCAUUGUAUUAAUGGCAACACCAAGCAGACUGUUUUUACAGAGGAGGGUCAAAUAUAAAUUAGAGGUGUAUUCUAUCUUUUUUUUGUGACAUGGAAUGGAGGCAUACGCAUAUUUAUGCAGUUUCAGCCCUCAGCCUCUCCCAUUCUCUCUGUAAUAUAUAAUGUCGAAUAAACUAUUUCCAGUUACUUA